AUGCACCUUUUCUUCUCAAUUCUUCCUUCAACUGAUCUACCUUCCAGAUACUAUUUUACAAAUACUUACUUCAAUACUAUAUUUGUUUUGUUUGCCACCAUAAAAGAUAAUAAAAGAAUGGCUGAAGACUUGGAUGUAGAAGCAAUGUUAGAAGCUCCAUAUAAUAAAUCGGAUAACACUUCCUCUUCAAAACACCGGUCGGACAAGUAUUCUGACAAGCACAGAGACAAAGAAAAGGAAGGCAGUCGAAGGAGAAGCCGGUCGAGAGAUAGAAGAAAAUCACGUGACAGGGAUACGCGCCGUUCUAAAGAUAAAGAUGACAAACGAGAGGGAAGAGAUCGCGACCGUGAUCGUGAUCGCGACAGAGACCGUCGUGAUCGCGACAAGGAACGUACGAAUAGGGAAAAGGAGAGAGAUCGCGGCGAUCGUGGGGACCGUGGAGACCGUGGAGACAAGGACAGGGAACGAGAACGGGAAAGAGAUCGAGAUAAAAGACGUAGUAAAGACAAAGAACGCAGCGGAGAUCGGGAACGUAGCCGGGAUGCACAUUCAACUCGAAGAGAACGCAGUCGGGAGAAGGAACGCGGCGAAUACAGAUCAAAAUCUAGAGGAAUAGAACCUAAAGUUGACGAUUUACCUCCAGAAGAAAGAGAUUUGCGAACCGUUUUUUGUAUGCAAUUGUCUCAACGAAUUAGAGCAAAGGAUUUAGAAGAAUUUUUUUCGUCCGUUGGGAAAGUUAGAGAUGUAAGACUUAUUACUUGUAACAAAACAAGAAGAUUUAAAGGCAUUGCAUACAUAGAAUUUAAAGAUGCUGAAUCAGUACCAUUGGCUCUAGGUUUGACAGGACAAAAAUUACUUGGUGUUCCUAUAAUUGUACAACAUACACAAGCUGAGAAAAAUAGAGUAGGUAACACACUUCCUAACUUAGCACCAAAGACAAGCAAUGGACCAACUCGGCUUUAUGUAGGCUCGCUGCACUUUAACAUCACAGAAGAUAUGUUGAGAGGAAUAUUUGAACCUUUUGGAAAAAUUGAUCACAUUCAACUCAUGACUGAUCCAGAUACAGGGAAAAGUAAAGGCUACGGAUUUUUAACAUUCCAUCACGCAGCAGAUGCGAAGAAGGCGAUGGAGCAACUGAACGGGUUCGAGCUGGCCGGGCGGCCCAUGAAGGUGGGCAACGUGACGGAGCGCACCGACGGCGGCUCCAGCACGCGCUUCGACGCCGACGAGCUGGACCGCGCGGGCGUUGACCUCGGCGCCACCGGCCGCUUGCAGCUCAUGUUCAAACUUGCUGAAGGCACCGGAUUACAAAUACCCCCCGCAGCCGCGUCGGUCUUAAUGGGCGCAGGGUCCACGCUGGUCGCUCCCCAGCCACAAGUAGCGCCGCCGAUCGCCACACAAUGCUUCAUGCUGAAUAACAUGUUUGACCCAGCAACGGAAACAAAUCCAAGUUGGGACAUCGAGAUCAGGGACGACGUGAUCAGCGAGUGCAACAAGCACGGCGGCGUGCUGCACGUGUACGUGGACAAGGCGUCGCCGCAGGGCAACGUGUACUGCAAGUGCCCCACCAUCGCGACGGCGGUGGCGUCCGUCAACUCGCUGCACGGCCGCUGGUUCGCCGGCCGCGUCAUCACCGCCGCCUACGUGCCGCUCGUCAACUACCACUCCCUCUUCCCCGACGCCAUGACCGCCCUCACCCUCCUGCUGCCCUCGCGACAACGA